CGGCCCCGGCCGCGUGUGUCCGUCUGUCCCGGUGUGUGCAGGUGUGUGUCCGCCCGCGGCAUGCUGGCGCUGAGCGCCGCCCGCCGCCUGCUCCGCCCGCCCGCCGACCUGCUGCCGCCGCCGGGGCUCGCCUGCCUGUGGGCGGCCGGUGCUCGCGGUUACUGCGCGGCCGGCGCCGGGCCGCCGAACCCGGUGGUGUACUUGGAGGUGGGCGCCGACAACCAGCCGCUGGGACGCGUCGUGCUGGAGCUGAAAGCUGAUGUGGUUCCAAAGACAGCAGAAAACUUCAGAGCUCUUUGUACUGGUGAAAAAGGUUUUGGGUAUAAAGGAUCCACUUUUCACAGAGUGAUUCCUUCAUUUAUGUGCCAGGGUGGUGACUUCACAAAUCAUAAUGGAACUGGUGGAAAAUCCAUUUAUGGCAGUAGAUUUCCAGAUGAAAAUUUCAAACUUAAGCAUGUAGGACCUGGUGUUCUUUCGAUGGCCAAUGCAGGACCCAAUACAAAUGGAUCUCAGUUCUUCAUUUGCACUGCAAAAACUGACUGGCUAGAUGGAAAACAUGUUGUUUUUGGGCAUGUAAAGGAAGGAAUGGAUGUUGUGAAAAAAAUUGAGAGCUUUGGUUCCAAGAGUGGAAAGACCUCCAAAAAGAUUGUCAUUACUGACUGUGGCCAGCUGUCCUAGCCUUUUGCCCUACCAUUCAGGACAACUUUGAUGCUGUGAAAAAUGAAUCAUAAAAAAAGCCCAAACAUUUCUGAUCCCAUGAGUAGCACCUAUGGAACCAUAUUUUCUAUUUAACUUUUACACUUAUAUAGAAUAAUAUUGAUGAAAGCAUAAAGCGGUAACUGAAACAUGUUUUAACUGAGCUACCUUGGUAGUCACACUGAUUUGGUAGAGUCCCAUUGUGUUUUUAAAGUAGCAGCAUGGUCAUGCAAAGCAUAUCUGACGCGAGUGUUGGUACUGUUCUUAGUAUUUGGAUGUUUCAGGUGUUGGAAUCGGUGGUGGAGUUGAUAACUAAGUGUUCCAUAGUUGGAGGUUAGAUAUAAAUUGAGAAAUACCAUGUUUCCUCUGGUGCUAAUGAACACCUAUUGUCUUGCUUGUCUCAUCAUUUUGAAAAAAUAAUACUAACCAGUGCUGUCAAGGCUGUUUGCAACACAACUGUCGGACAUUUUAUUUCUGUGUCUCAAUUUAAGUCUAUGCAAUAGAAUUAAUGUGUGGUUGGGUUUUUUUUUAAUUAAUUCUGUUUUAAUCUUUUUUUUUUUUUUUUUUCUUGGUAGUCUCAAACCACUGCUUAAAACUACCUUACCUUGCUUCAGUGGAGUGAUUUGACACUUGGGCUAAGUGAAUUGCUUUAGGUUGAGUUAGCAUACCAGUAGAGCUCCACCUGGGCAAUGAGACCACAGAUCAGCCAAAAGAUCAUGGGACUUUUCUACUAUGCAACUGUGAAUUUACUUGAAUUGCAGUUCUGCUCUGAGAUCUGGUUCUAUGAGGACUACAACACAGUACUCAAUAGAUAGCCUAUUUUUGCACUUUGAGAAUGUAAUCAGACUAGAGUGAGUGAGCUUGCUUGAAUGAGAAAUAGGUGUGGGGUUUUUUUGUCCUGUUGGUCCUGCAUAGUCAACCUACCUUGGGUAUUACUUGGGUUAUGAUUUCUUCUCAUAUAUCAUCAUCAUAAGUCAGAAUUGGUCACCAUGAAAUCACAAAGCCUAAUUGGUGCAGCAAAGUCAUUAGUGUUGGAGUUGAUGCAUGAGAAGGAAAGAAUUCAGCUGAUCAGAUAAACACAUUUUGUUUAUAUAAACCAGUAUGUCUUAUGGGGAGUGCUUGAGCAGUAACAACUGUUGGAACCUCACUUUUAGAAUCACUAAAGCUGUAAAAUAUUAAUGCUUGUGGGGAAAAAGCACUUGACUGCUUUUGUGCAAUAGAGAAAAGAAAAAUGUGAUGUCUCUCUUCAAAUGUGAAUUUACUUCCAUUGCAUUCUGAUAGUAUGUGGGUUUAAAUCUAUUUUAUACAGGAUUUCUUUUCCAUGAAGGGCUGCAUUCUUGUGUGCAUGAGGUAGUAUUCAGAGUGUAAUUUUGCAGAAAAUGCUAUUGAAAAGCUUUUUAUUCUUUUUACUAUACCUGUUUCAUCUUUCUUAGUAUUUUUGAAAUACUAAUUUGUUCUAGUUUGGCUUAUGUGAGUUUGAUAGAAUAAUUGAUUAUAUUUUUUUGGUGUUCUCUUAAUUUGUAUAUGCAAAACAAUUAAACACAGUUCUACCACAAAAAAAAAAA